CUUGAUAGAAUAACCCAGAAGAGACAUGGAUCCUUUGCCUUUUUCCUCCCUCCGCCACCUCCUCCUCCUCUUCCUCGCUUCCCUCAGCUGCUUCCUCGCUUCUGCUGACAGGAGAUUCGGUUGCCUGUUUGAGAGCGAGCUGUGUUCACCAUAUGAGAUCUGCGUCAACGAUGGAAUGUUUGGGAGGUGUCACUCUGUUCCGGUGAAGGAGGUUUACACCUACGAUGUCUCCCCGUCUGUAGUGCAGCGCUUCAGGACGCUGCUGGAGAAGCUCUCAAACAGAGGUUUGACCUGGGAAGAUGACACAGCUCAACAGGUUCUGUCCCAGGAGUUAUCCAAAUUGAGGAGGAUUCCCUACAGACCACAGCAGGACGGAUCUGUCUACAACACAGACGGCAGGCCGGCAGCUGAAGCGAUGGACCCAGUAGACCAGCGGGUGAAGCCAGUUGAGGUGGAGCUCAGCAGAAAUCUGCAGACAUACCUCCAACGUGUCGGCCUCCUUCCCAAGACAUCGUCCGCCUCCAGCAAACUGGGCAAGAGUGACCGUUUCCAGUCAGGCAGCCCUGCAGACUUCUAUCGCUCCAAGGCCCAGACUUCAACUCAGAGGCUGUCUCCCUCCAGCUUUUCUUCUCUUUCAUCUUUCUCACCUCUGCAGAAGCAGAGACGCCCAGCCGACCAGCUCCUCGCCACACAGGCCGAGGGUGACCUUCUCCUGGCGGCCCUGAGGCAGUAUCUCUCCGGGCAUCUGUCCCUGCACCGCGGGGGGUUGAGCCCCGAGGUGCAGGAGGACCCCUCGUCCCGGCUGAGGCCCUUCUACAGCAAUGGGAUAGAAAUUUCUGGGCUCAAAAAAGAGAUCUCAAAACCCAGGCCUCUUAAGACGGGGAGAACUCAAGGGGCUUCAAUCAAGGACCCACUGACGUCUGUGGAUGAGAGGUUCAUCGAGAAGGUUUUAAAGAACGUUGGCAGGCAGCACGUGGACGUCGAUGACCUGACGCCGCAGGACUUGGACCAGCUGUCCCGCCUGAUAGCCGAUGCUCUGCAGGUUGUCGACCAGGACCAGGGGCUAAACAGGGACCUGAUAAGAGUUAGACCUGGACCAAGAGACCUGGGAGGAGAGCUGAGGGAUGGGGAGGAAGAAGAAGAAGAAGAGGAGGCUGCCGGGGGCGAGGAAGAGGAGAAGCUGGUCGAGAAUGCUCCGACGCCGAAACCACAGGAGGGCACUCCCGUGAUGCCGGCAGCACUUAAAGAGCGCCGCACAGAUACAGAGGAGCACAAUGUGAAGGGCAAGCCUGAGAGCGGAAUCCUCUUCGCCAAACUUCUCGCCUACCUCGACAAAACCUCUUUCAACGCCGCUCCUUCGGCGAGGAACCUGAACGACGUCUCCACGGAGGCACCCAGAGGCCAACAGGUGGGGCUGGAAAAUGUCCGGAGUCGGACCAGCGAGGCAGGAGUGACGGUGCAGAAGAAGGACGCCACCCAGUCCGUGGAGGAGGUGUCGGAGGUGGAGGGGUGGAUCAAGGAGGUGGCGCCCCCUCCCGCUUCACUUGUGUACGAGGAACCGCACAAGAAGACGAUGCACGUUCCUGAACUCCAGCUGGACGUCAAAGCCAGCAGGAAGAAGGCCGACGAUGAUGUCUUUGGCUACGUCAUCACAGACACAGAUGGGCUCCAGACGGACGAAGGCCUCCACCUGAUGGAGAUCCUGGCUCGCAGGGCUAAAAUCCAGAUGACCGACUUUGCCGAGCUGUCGGUGGUGGGCCCCGCCGUGACCUUCAAAGUGAGCCCGAACACUCAGAACGUCAGCACCGCAGAUGUGGCCAACGUGGCUGUUCAGCAGAAAGCAGCUCUGGAGAAGGAAGCCAAGCUCAGCAUCCUGGAGGCCGGCGUCGCCGAUGGGAGCCAGAUCAACCAGAUCCCCACCAAGUACAGCCAGGCGGAGUCGACCAAGUUCCUCAUCCUCACUGUUGUGUCCAUCCUGUGCAUCGUCGGCGUGCUGCUGGCCUCCACCGUGGUCUACUGCCUCCGCCACCGCUCCCACCACAAGAUCAAGGAGAAGCUCACCAAUCUGGGAACAGACACUACCAGCGAUGCGACCGCCACCUAUCAGGAGCUCUGUCGGCAGCGAAUGGCGGUCAAGCCGCCCGCGGAGCGUCCGGAGCCCAUCUCCUCCAGGAUCAAUAGCGUGUCGUCUCAGUUCAGCGACGGCGGUCAAGCGGUCAGCCCCUCGGCUCGCAGCAGCAUCUCCUCCUGGAGCGAAGAGCCCGCCCACUCGAACAUGGACAUCUCCACCGGUCACAUGAUCCUGUCCUACAUGGAGGAUCACCUGAAGAACAAGGACCGUCUGGAGAAGGAGUGGGAGGCGCUGUGCGCCUAUCAGGCAGAACCCAACGCCUGCACCAUCGGCAUGAAGGACGGCAACGCCAAGAAGAACCGCUCCGCUGCCGUGGUGGCGUAUGAUCACUCACGAAUCACCUUGAAGGUGGAGAACAGCCAAGGCAACUCUGAUUACAUCAAUGCCAGCCCGAUCAUGGAUCACGAUCCCAGGAACCCGGCCUACAUCGCCACUCAAGGCCCUCUGCCCUCCACCGUGGCGGAUUUCUGGCAGAUGGUGUGGGAGAACGGCUGCGUGGUUAUUGUUAUGCUGACGCCUCUUGUCGAGAGCGGGGUGAAGCAGUGCUACCACUACUGGCCCGACGAGGGAUCCAACCUGUAUCACAUCUACGAGGUGAACCUGGUGUCCGAACACAUCUGGUGCGACGAUUUCCUGGUUCGUAGCUUCUACCUAAAGAACAUGCAGACCAACGAGACACGAACCGUCACCCAGUUCCACUUCCUGACCUGGCUCAACCAGAACGUCCCGGAGACCAGCCGGACGCUGCUCGACUUCCGCAGGAAAGUUAACAAGUGCUACCGGGGACGCUCGUGUCCUAUCAUAGUCCACUGCAGUGAUGGUGCAGGAAGAAGUGGGACCUACGUCCUGGUCGACAUGGUCCUCAACAAGAUGGCUAAAGGUGCCAAGGAGAUUGAUAUUGCGGCGACUCUGGAGCACCUGCGGGACCAGAGGCCAGGAAUGGUUCAGACCAAGGACCAGUUUGAGUUUGCGUUGACGGCUGUCGCGGAGGAGGUGAACGCCAUCCUGAAAGCUCUUCCACAGUAGGAAGAAGCGCCUCCUUCUGAUGGACCUCCUCCUCCUCCCAUCUCCUCUAUUUGCCUCCCUGUUCACAUCCUCUCACUGUCGUCCUCUGUCUCUCGGUCUUGUCCUUUCUUGUUUCGUCUCCUCUUUUCUCCACUCGUCUCUCCUGUCCUCUCCUCUUCUCCCGUUAUCUUGUCGCUCCCUCUCGUGUCCUACCUGUCAUACCUUCACCUCCCUUAUCCUACGCAUCU